AAUGGACAAACUUGAUCAGUUGGAUGAUGCACUGCGCAAGAAAAAUUACCAUGUGAUAGAGGCAGAAGAUAGAUGUGAUACUAUUCCUGAUUUAGAAUACUAUCAAAAACAAUUCAUGCUUGGAGCCAAGAACAUCUGCAUGCAGUAUUUCAAUAAAAGACCAUACCAACUAAAUAAAGAAGAAUAUAAAUAAGUGGCUGGUUAAAUGCUUUUCUACCUACGAUACGAUUGAUACAACAUUCAAGCUAAAAGAAAUGGUGAACAUCAAGACCAAGGUUGCCAUAGAUACUCAUAGAAGAUAUACAGGAAAUGACCUAGAUGAUCUUAAGGAUAUGAAUAUGAGCAUUCUAGAAAAUCUGAUAGAUAGGAGGUCCAGCAUUAACAAAGUCUAUAAACUAUUCUUCCUGAGGUACCUCAGCCCUCGAAUGAGGGAAACUAUUUGGAAAGGUAUCCUCCUGGAUCAAGCUACAGUAAAAGAAUAUGAAAAGAACAUCACUGAAGAUAAGAGUUACACUGUUUCAAAAGAUGAAAUUUAUAUCCUAAAAGUCAUCCAGUCUAUUUUGAAAGAUGAUUUUCAUAACUUUGGGAAUGAUUAUGACCUCAUCCUCCUUGUAAAAGCAAUGAUGAUUUACGCUGCUGAGUACCUUAACACAUAUCUGCAAGACUUUCACUAUUACAUGCUAUUUCCUUUACUGCAAACCUUCAAGAGUUAUAGAACUUACACAAGAGGAAAACUCUUGAUGUCAUUUUACCUGAGCUUCUUGAAAGUUCGGAUGCAAAUCGUUGAUGAAGUUAACGAAAAGGAUGAAACUGUCUAUGAAGCUUAUAUCAAUCACAUUAUUGAGAAUCUUCAGAAAUAUCUAGAAGAAAUCGAUCCUGAAUUAAAUAAGCAAUUUACUGAUCUUUUAUCUAUUGACGAUGAAGCAAUUAAGACUUAUCACAUGGAUCUCUUGGUGAGCACAAGAGGAGAAAAUAACCUUGCUAACCUUGAUCUCAGAAUGACCAAGCAAAAGGUCAUCUUUGGGGAGCUCCUCCGAGGAUACAUCGAAAGAUGUAGUGUUGGGUUUGUCAACGUUAAAGUCUCCUGAGUUAUCUGGGAUUUCAUCUUACUAAAGGAAAAUAAGUCUAAAGAGGAUCUUUUCAUCACAUUUGCUUUGAUCCUCAAAAUUAUCAAGCAAGAUGUACUUGAUUGAAAUAAUAUAAUCGACCUUGAAAGAGUCUUUAGAGCCAAAGCUAUUUUGAUAGAUGAUUAUGAUUUCUUCUGAAAUAUAUUUGACUAUAGUAAAGACAAGAACUGGAAAGAUGCCUUUAGCCUCCUUGAUGGAGAGUCCUUAAGAGCCAACUUCAUGAGUAUUGAUAGAGUUAGAGCAGAUCACGAAGCCGAGAAAAUCAGAGAAUAUGAAGAGCAAAAGGCUAAAGAAGCAGCUGAACUUAACCUUCCAAUGAACCCUUCCUUCAAUCCGAUGGCUCCUCCAAGUACUCAAGGUGGUUUACCAGACUCUCAACCAAUGCCUACACAUAAGCCCAUUCUGACACAGUCUGCAUCAAAUAUGAAUAAAGCAAUUGGAUAAUGCUCCUCAAACCAUGCAGAAUAACCCAAAGCCAGGGCCAUCUGCGAUGGCUCCUGGAGGGUUAGGAGAGACUCCUGCAUCCCAGCCCCCAGCUGAAGGUAUGAGUGGAGCCCAAAACCCUCAAACAAGCAUUUACAAGCCAACUUUAAAACCCCCAUCAAGAACUUAAUUUCAACCAAGAGUG